CAUCUAGCAAGUCAAAGCAAAUCCCUAUGCCAAAGAUCACAAGACUCAACAUUUCAAUGGCUGAACGACAAAACAAAAAUGUUGAAGAUCUCCCAAAAGUGCUUGUUCUUGGACUUCACAAAUGCUACGCAUCGAUUAUACCACACUAUUCUCACAAGUUCCAUUUCCUAGACCCCAAACUCUCUGGGCUCUCACUGCAUCACUUCAUCGUUGCUCACAAUCACCAACCUUCAUCCAUUCCCGCCAUUCUCUGCAGCACCACCUACUCCAUCUCCGCCGAUGUCCUCCGCCUCCUUCCGUCGCUCCGCCUCGUCGUCACAACCAGCUCCGGGACCGAUCAUAUAGAUCUCAACGAGUGCCGCCGCCGGGGAAUCCAAGUAGCCGCCGCCGGUGGGGUGUUCUCCGAGGAUGUCGCCGACAUGGCCGUGGCUUUGCUUAUUGACGUGGUGAGGAAAAUAUCGGCGGGAGAUCGAUAUUUAAGGACACAGAAUCACUCCACAUGUUUGGAUUUUCCCCUCGUUGAUUCUAAGUUAUCAUGCAAGCGAGUUGGGAUUGUUGGAUUGGGAAGUAUUGGCAUGGAAGUGGCUAAGCGGCUUGAGGGUUUUGGUUGCAUUAUCUCAUACCACUCUAAGCAUCAAAAAGCUGUUUCGUACCCUUUCUUUUCUAAUGUUACUGAGCUUGCAACUACUUGCAACGCACUUGUGGUUUGUUGUGCAUUGAAUGAGGAAACAAAACACAUAAUUAACAAGGAUGUCAUUUUGGCAUUAGGAAAAGAAGGGUUUAUUGUGAAUGUAGGAAGAGGGGCUCUCAUUGAUGAAAAACAAUUGGUCAAGUGUUUGAUGGAAGGCCAAAUUGGAGGUGCUGGUUUGGAUGUGUUCGAGAACGAGCCUCGUGUUCCUGAAGAGCUACUUGAAAUGAAUAAUGUGGUUUUAUCUGCUCAUCAUGCUGCUGCAACUGCAGAAUCCAAAAUCCUUUUGAUUGAACUUGUGAUUGGGAAUUUAGAAGCCUUCUUUUCAAAUAAGCCCCUAAUCUCACCAGUGAUUUUGGUUGAAUAACUUUUCUCUUGACAGCCUAGUAGCAUGUGAUACAAUCCUAUCUCACACCUGUCAUGAUUCUUCAAUUAAGUUGCAAAUGAAAUUAUAUUCUCAACACAUUUUCUUGAGUAUACUUUUCAAGGUAUUCUUUAUCUUUGAUCUAAUUUUUUU